AUGAGUUCAUCAUCAUCAAGCGGAGGUUCUUCCGAUCCAACCAGUAACUCGGCACCAAACAACAAGAGUUAUGCCAUUGAAGGUGUUGGAUUUGCUGUAGAACCAUUACUGAAUUGCCCACACUUUCAUGAUUCCAAUUGUUUCAAUAUGCCGCACAAUGAUCGAAACGCUUUGAAAACUCUCUUUUCGACAAUCAUGACAAAGGAAGAUUCUUCUGACACCACCACCUCUGCACCUUGCUCUGUGUGUGGGGAUAGAACGGAGAAUUGGUUUUGUCUUCAAUGUCAUUCUGUUUGUUGUAGUCGAUACAGGAAAGCACACAUGAUGAACCAUUUUGAAUCGACUCAUCAUCCAAUGGUGUUAAGCUUGGCCGACUUGAGCAUCUAUUGCUACGCUUGCGAUGCUUACGUAGACAAUCGAGAGUUGACAAGACUCAUCUUACGAGAAUUACAUGUAGCCAAGUUUGGAGAAUAUCCUGGCGGUCAUGAUGCAACUGUAGAAAUCGGAGAAGCAAUAGAACGAUUGAAAGUUGAUCAAAGAAAAAUACAUGAAACUGAACAAAAGGAACAAAAAGAGAAUGAGGAAAGAGAUCGUGCUAUUGAAAUUUUAGCUGAAAAGAUUUCACAAGCAGAAGAACGAGAAAUUAUUGUAUUAACUGGAGCUGGUCUUUCAACUGCUGCAGGAAUACCUGAUUUCCGUUCACCAGGAACUGGUCUAUAUGACAAUCUUCAAAAAUAUGAUCUUCCUCGACCAACAGCAAUAUUUGAACUGGAAUACUUUCACGAAAAUCCAAAACCAUUCUUUCUUCUUUCUAGAGACUUUAUCUCAACUGGAUACAAACCAACACGAGCUCACUACUUUAUAAAACUGUUAGAACAAAAAGGAAAGUUACUGAGAUUAUACACUCAAAAUAUUGAUGGUCUAGAGGCAAAAUCUGGAGUUUCAAAUGAGAUAUUGGUAAAUUGUCAUGGAAUGUAUGAUACUGCUCAUUGUACAAAAUGUAGAAAGAAAUACACUCUUGCUGAGGUAGUAGAAAAGAUGGGUACUGAAGAGGAUGUUACUAUUCCACUUUGUGACAAAUGUUGUGGUUUCAUUAAGCCUGACAUUGUUCUCUUUGGAGAAGAUUUACCUCACAAGUUCAGCAAAUGUGUGAAAUCAGACUUGAAGCACACAUCUUCAAAAUGCAAGCUCUUCAUUGUAAUUGGUACAUCCUUGACUGUGCAUCCUGUAGCCAUGUUACCUGAACUUGUCAAGAAAGGAUGUACAAGAGCUCUCUUGAACAGAGAAAAAGCUGGUCCAUUCAAACAACAUGAAGGUUAUGUUACAGAAAUAGGAGAAGAGUCGAACUAUUUGGACUUGUUUGUGGGUGGUACAGAUCUCACAAUUGAUGAAAGUGUGAAUCGUCUGUGCAAAUUAUUGGGAUGGGAAAAAGAUUUGGAAGAAUUGGUAGAACAAGGACCUGUAGACCUUGUUGAGAAGAGUAAAGAGGACGAAGAGCAUUAA